GGCGUAUUAACUGAUGUAGUUUUUCAGGCAUGCGUUUAGCAUUGGCUGAUGCUGGAGAUACUGUUGAAGAUGCCAACUUUGUGGAAACCAUGGCAGAUGCUGGUAUUCUGCGGCUCUACACAUGGGUGGAGUGGGUAAAGGAGAUGAUUGCAAAUAGAGACAGUUUAAGAAGUGGUCCUGCCAACACCUUCAAUGAUAGAGUCUUUGCCAGUGAAAUGAGCGCAGGUAUAAUGAAGACAGACCAAAAUUAUGAGAAGAUGAUGUUUAAAGAAGCUCUGAAAACCGGCUUUUUUGAAUUUCAG